CUUGUUAUACUCACUGUGGAACAUAAGGGGUUAAUCCUCUGCAGUGUGUAAAAAAGGAUGUUGAUCCGGUCUUCCCUGAUCCUUCCUUACUUCCACGUUCUCUGCAUUUCAUCUCCUGAUAGAACAGAGCCUUGGGGACACUCUGCACAUGCUCAGUUUGGUGUGUCUUGCUAGAGAGUUUUUUCUUUUACUUGGGAGGGUGCAUGUGAUCAGCACAGGGCCAAUCAGCACUGUCCAGACAGAGGGUCAGGGGUUCUGCAUCCACCUAGAGCAAAAUGAAAACUCCUCCUACAAGCUUUAAUAUGUGCUCUGCUGGACACUGAUAGACGUCACAAGACUGAUAUAUACUGCUGAUGAGAAAAGGUAUUUAG